UUCAUCGGUAGAACAGGUUCACAUUAUGUCAACAUCUACUUUCCUGCGAUAUUUAUUUGUACAGUUAAAAUAACAUUAAUAAGUACAGUACGAAAGAAUACUUUUUCAAAGCAGGACGUACAACAUGGACAAUAUUGAACUCUUAUUCUUCGACACUUUUUCACACGAUAUUUCAGAGGAACUUAAUUUAGAUUUGGUACAAUUCCCUAAACCUGUGUAUAUUAGUGAAGUCAGAAUAAUUCCAUUGGGAGCUCGAGUUCAGGCAGACUUUCCAGGUGGUGUUCGACUUGGAGCUACGAAUCCAUCUCAGUUUGAAAUAGAAUUCUUUGUAAAUGACUUAAGUAAGCCAGGAGCUUCGACAUUUGAAUCUCUUGGAGGCUUAGAGUACAAGCAAAAUGUACACAUUCAACUGGAAUGUGAGCGUAAACAAAUUCCAACGGAUGGGUUAGUUCUUCGUGGUUGGUAUACUACGAUAACUUUGGCAGUGUACGGAACAUUGACCAAGUCGCUGAGCAAUCCACAGGAAGUUGUUGGUUCAGGAGCAAGUUCCACUGUAUGCAUGGGAGGCUUGGAGGAGACGGUAGAUAUCACUGCACAAGUAGCGGAACAACAGUCAGAAUGGUAUUAUGAGAAUCAGCACCAAACAAAUCCGACUCCAUCAGAAGCCUGUGCAACGGCAACUCCUUCGCCACCUGUCCAACUUAUACAGACCGUUGAGCCAUCCAGAAAUUCAGUUACCGAACCUGCAAAAACGGAAGCUACAGAAUGGGAAGAGAGUACGUCCGAUGCCGUUCAAAAACCGGCAAAACGACCCACCUCUCCACCCUCUGAGUCCCUUGUUUCACUUAGUCCAGAAUCUAUUUCUGCAGAGGAAGAUGGCGAGCGAGAUGCAGCAGAAACUGGUACGGUGGAACCUUUUGAGCCUAUUCUAUCAGAUGAGGAUAUUAUGGCAGAUGAUAUACCAUCUGCAGUGGACUACGAGUGUGACAACGCUCAAACAUAUGAUGUAUAUAAUUUGGAUCCUCCAGAUUUGUUAGAUUUAGACAAGUCGUUGAUGAUUAAUGAUGAGACUUUGUUGGAUGAUGAAACAUUAGAAAAGGUACGGGAGAUGCUUCAAUGUCUCUCUAAGUCUGUCGCAAAUUUUCUUAAUGCUCCUGGUCAAGAGAAGGAGGCUUUCGUUCAUAAUUGUGAAUCUUUAUGCGCUGUGCUUGGUAAUUUUAAUAUACAGCAGGAAGACAUAAAAGAUUUAACAGAUAUCUCUAUUUCUGGUUUGGAUAUGGAAUUUGCUCGGGCUCAACCACAACCGGCAUACAAGGUCAGACACGUGAAAGUUGGAGUCCGCAUAACUGAAGCAUUGAGUAGACUUACUCAAGGAGCGGACAUACUUCUUAAAGUGAAUGCACCAUUUAAAUUACUCGAACUAUGUAUGCGAGAAAACGUUGCACUCCCUGUCAAGCUUUCGGCAAUUCGUGCACUCAAUGCAGCCCUAAUCAGUCCAAAGAUUGUACAAGAAUUUUUGAAGCCUGGAAGCAAUUUGUAUAAAAUGGCAUUAGAAAUGUUAGACGGAGUUAAACUGGCAAGAUUAAAGUACGCUUUGAGUUCAUUACUGCGAAAAAUUCACAUCUACGAAUUAUUAGCCGAGACCAAUGAAUUGACAGAGCUGGCCCUAAUGGAGUUAUCAAAUGCAUAUUUAUGUGCGCCAACAUUAAUGUCACAGCCAAAACGUCAACUUCCUGCAAGUGCACAAAUGGAAUUUGAACGAGAACCAGGUCGCAAUCCUCGCAAACAUCUAAUAGCUUACUUUGUGCAUCAUAAGUUGGUGUAUCGUUUGGUUUUGGCCCUUACAUCUCCGCAGUCAGAUGUAGGUUUGAUGAAGGCAGCGCGUCGUCUCGUAUCUCGUUUGAUUGAUACAAAAGAAGGUCUUCUAUACUUCUUUGGAGAGCCAGAGGGAACCAAGCCUAUGCUCAAAGCUCUCCGAUGUGAUCGUCCUGGAGUAGGAUCCACUUUGGCUUGGCGCCUCCAAGUUGUGAGAUGCUUGGUCUACCUCAGACAUCAACCCGAAGACUGGAUAGCCUUGAAGAGAUUGCACUCUUUCUUGAUAUUUCCAGAAGGUUUGCAAGCAAUUGUCAGUGUCCUCCCAAUGGAUGGCUUCGUUGACAUCUUGAUACCAUAUCUAGCGGAUGGGAACCUGUGUGAGUUUGCUGCAGAAAUAAUAUCUGCAACGAUUCGGUAUUCCGAUAGAGUAGAGAUCUUUCAGAAUCGUGCAGGAAUUCUUUUAGAGAAGUCCCGGAGUCAUGCUGUGCUCCGAGAUGUCAUACCAUACCUCACAGUGGCUGCACAAGCUUCCAAUUGGAACUACAGCGACGUCUCCUCUUUGGUUACGACAAUUAGGAAAAGUGCAGAAAAAGCAGCAUCUCUGCCAGGAGAUUUAAUAACUGCUUGCAGAAUCCUACAUUACCUUGUAUUUCCCUGCAGAAAUGACGUCGACCCGCUGGAGCCUUAUAUAGAACUAAAGCACAGAAAUGCCUUGACGCAGUUAUUUGCAGCCGAUGGAUUGACAGCCCUGAUUGCUGUAAUGAGCAAUGUUGCGGAAUUUUAUGAACAACCAUUCUUACACCGAGCUGCACUUAGGGGGAGAAGAGGAUUAGCCCUUGUAGCUUUGCUGCUACCCUGUGUGAAACUCACAAGAGCCAUUCUUGAGAGACUGGUGAAAUGUAUGGCUACGGAGUUUAAGGAUUUGACUGCGGUCGCUCCCAUGCUUGGAGUUUACUCCUUGGUCGAGGCUAUUCCUACCAAUUCAUCGGUUCGUGUACUUUCCAGUGAAAUCGUGGCUGCACUUUUAGUAUUUACUCGUGCGGUUGAUUCGGACGGUUCUGGCAAUGUAGCAAAAUCUCUGUGGACCCAAAUGUUAGGGGAAGUUCUGAAAAUGGUUUCCCUUAGUCCAUGCAAUUUUGUGCCAGGCUUGAAACUACUUACUCGACUGUUACCUCCAAUUUUGACCUUAAAGGAAUCAGUAUCGGAAGACAUAAUGAGAAUCCUAGGACUGAGAAAAUUGUGGUCUGCUCAUUUGCAAGCCCAAGCUCAUAACCUCACUGAAACUCUGCGAUUGUUGUGCGCUAGUUGGAAUAAGGAUCUACUUACGCUUCUUUCGAUAGUAUGUAAGCAGCUUAGCGAUCUGGCUGCGCCAACCGCUCUGCUUGUCGGAAGGUGUUUACUGGAUGGAGUUCUUGCUUCGACGCCUUUAGAAAACAAUGCUACGAUACUUGCUUUACUCAGUGAUCUCACAAGACAUGCUCCGGUUAAAGCUACGUUACUCACUUUGACAAGUCCUACUUCUAGGGCACAAGUUAAGUCCGAUCAGAGAUAUCCUCCAGUUAUAGAAAUGAUGUGCGCGACUCUGAAAACUACCAGUGACGUGAAUGUACAACGCGAGAUACUUGACAUUUAUGAAACCCUUUGUGAUUGUACCAUAAGCCUCGUUCAAGAGCUUACUCAUUCUAUACCGAGUAAGGAACCGUUACUCUCCAUCCUCGCUGCUCUCAUUGAUGUACUUGCAAGUGCUUCGAAGUUCCAAUUAGACAUUUUGGAGAGCACUUUGCGCAUACUAGUUUCACUUACUAGUCACAAUUAUGGACUGUAUCAUGUAAAAAGUUGUUUGGAGAAUAAUCCUGAUGCGCUGCAUGCUUUGCUAGAGCACAUAUCUGGGUUAGAAGGCCAGAAUAUCAAAUCCGUUUCCGAGUUAAGUGUGAUGUUUUUGGACAGUUUAAUUUCGUGCAAAACUCCUGAAAGAUCGUUGUACUUACGGUCACAGCAGUUGGCUACUUUGAUAUCAUGGAGUAAAAAUGGUCACCCGUUGGAGAAGAUACAAGGGGCCCAAACCACAGUGGAUUCAUUAAAGUCUUCCGAGGAAGACGAAAAGGAACCCAUUCCUGAGAUGCUGGAACCUCUGCUUCCUACUCCAGAGGCUUUAUUGAAUCAGUUCUCUCAGCGAUCUCUAAGCUCACCUCGGAGUCCAAAGAACUCUGAAAAAUGUUUCGUUGUUGCAUCUGGUCGAACCACCGAUGAAAAUGCAAUCGACUUGCUAGCUUUGGCAGCUGAACUUCUACCUGCUGAUUUUAAUUUACUAGCCGAGGCUCAGCAAUUGUGUUCCAAAGCACCACCUGACGAUGCCACGCAGCCUUUAGAAUCGAAAGUACAAGAAGAGGAUGAGACUGCCAAAGAUACUCAGAAACAAGCUAACGUUCCUAUGGCGAAGACUAAACAACCAUUUGUUACUCUUAUGCGAGGUAGAACUCAGUUUGCAAAUUCUCUGAGAGGAGGGACAACAGGGGGUGGUGCAGGCAGAGGAUCGGAUCCAUUUAGAUCAAGGCCGCCAAAUACUUCCAGGCCUCCUUCUCUUCAUGUCGAUGACUUUGUAGCAUUAGAAACUUGUGGUGCACAACCGACAGGACCUACUGGUUAUAACAAACUUAGUAUUCGAGGUCCUUGUCCCCCUCGGGCAGUUAUCGCUGGAACUAGAAGUCGACCCUGGGGACCAGAGGCACGACCUCCAUAUUUGCGUUAAUAUUUUUACUCCAAAAAGGAUAAUGUGAGAUUAUGAGAGGAUUUCUAUGUUCGCCUUUAAAGGUUUGUACAUGAAAUUAGAAUAAUAUUGAUUAAAAAGCACUGCUGAAGGCAUA